AAGGUCCCUGUGCAGAAAAAUCGUCUUUAGUGCAGCACGUGGAGGUCAAGCAACCUCAUGAACUAAUAAGGUCUCACGUGUCCAAUCUGAUUGGUAAAAGAUCAAGGAAUGAAGAUUCACAAAACUUUGGAGAUCUUUGCCCCAGAAGCCAUACUGGGGCAGCUGUAACUUCUUUCAUGAACACUUCAUAUCGGCACAUUCCUCAUACUGAUGUUCCAGAGAUGUCCUCAGUUUCAUUUAUAAGAAAAAGCAAUCUAGAGGUUACCCCAAUAGCAGUUCAAGCACUCACAUCUUUCAACACUUCUUUAAGUCCCAGGCUUGACAGAAACAAGUUUCUUGAUAAUAGCAGAUUGGCAACUGGCUCAAAUGUAGAUAAUACAGACUCCCCUCAGAGCAGAUUCUGCAAUGGCUUCCAAUCAGACUCCAAGAAGGUGGACGUAAAUCGGUUAUCAAGUAAUGCUGAUGAUUCUGCAUCUUGGUACCACAAUCUUUCAAAAUCUGUCAAAGUCCCCACAGAUGGAAAUUCUUCUAAGGAGGUGAACCUGGACUCUGUGCCUAUUAGUUCUUCAAAUUUGACUGUUUACCAGAAUAUUAUAGAUGAAGGUAAGGAAGUAGGGGAUUUAAUCAGAAGAUUACCUUGCUUCAUAGGAAAGCCAGUUGGGAUAUGUGAUAAAAGAAGUGAACAGUCAACAAAUGUGGCAUCUGUCUGCAAACCUUGUAUCCCCAAUUGCCAGUGUUCAUCCCAUGCCUCCCUUCUGAAACAGAGUCAGGAUCUGCCUGGAGACAAAAACUACCAGAACAACCGAAAAGACAUGUUACUUGAUAUAAACUUGGAUUUUGAUCCACUAGCCAACUCAGAAGAACAGCUAACUACAAAUGAGCUACCUGCAGAAAAAGGACUUGAAAAAGAGCUUUGCGGUUUUAAAGUUUGCAUAGACCUGAACUCAUGCGGACAUGGAGAUGAAUCUUCUCCAUCACAUUCUCAUUCAGGUGAAAUAGAUUUGGAGGCUCCUGCUAGUCCAGAAAACAAGGAAAGUAAUCGACCAAGAGGCGAACUUGACGAAAACCAAGCAAGUCCAGAAAACAAGAAGAGCUCUUUUCCCAUUCGGCCAGCUGAUGAAAAACAAGCAAUAUCAGAAAAAAAGGGGAAUUCUUCAUCGACAGAGGAGUAUGGUAACAAUCAAUCUCCAGCUAACAAGGAUAGUUCUCCACCCAGAGAAAGAGCCCAUGAGAAACUGUCAACUCCGGAAAGCAAGGAGAGAUCUCUACGAAGGGAAGAAUCUUAUGAGAGCCAAUCAAGUCUUGCAAACAAGGAUAGUCCUUCUAGAGUUGAAUCUGAUGGCCACCUAGAGAUGCCUUUUUGGUGUUCCGAUAAUAAAAAUCUGGAAGAGCUCGUGAGGGGUGCAGCAGAAGCUAUAACUGCCAUUUCGUCAUCUGGUGUACGCACUACUCUAGAAAUCCUCAAUAAUGAAUGGGUUAAAUCUUCGCCUCAUGGCCAGCUCUAUUGGUUUGCCAAGGUAGCCUCUUCAGUUGUGGACGAUUCAGAGAGCAAGUAUGGAUUAGCUUUAAGUAGCAAGGAUGGUGCUGUGCUGGAGGAGCUCCCGUCUGAUGAGAUUGACUACUUUGAGGCCAUGACAUUGCAGCUGACUGAGAUGACGGCAGAAGAGUACCUCUGCAAAAGCAGUAUUCCAGAACCAGAGGUAACAGUUCUCCCGUCCUUGCCUGAUAAGCCAAGAAGAGGAAGAACAAGAAGAGGAAGACAGCAGCAGAAGGAUUUUCAGAAUGAAGUACUCCCCAGUCUAGCCUCUCUUUCAAGGUAUGAAGUGACGGAGGAUCUGCAGACAAUAGGAGGGUUGAUGGAAGCUGCUGGCACUCGUUGGGAAACUGGGUCUUUGAGAAAUGCAGGUAGAAACGUAUUGGCAAGAGGGCGGAGAAGGUCCUGUGUUUCAACUUCCAGGGUCCAAGAGAGCACAAGUAGCUCACAGCGGCAACAGCAAGCCAUUAAUCCCGAAGUCCAGAUGGAGGAGAGAAAACUGAUAAAUUGGGGGAAGAUAACAAAGGAGACGCAGGGGUCCGAGAUGUCCAGCAUGUAG